UCAUUUUCGACAUAUUUACUGACAACAAAUUCAAACAAAAUCAAUGAUCAUUGUGGAAUUCUAGAAAUACAAUAAGACAUUUAUGAUUCUUGUUUAUCAUCGAUAAUUUGGCGACAUUCACUCAGUUGACAUACGACACUGACCUUUGAAGUCGGUCAAUAACGAGAACGUAAUUGCAUCGGAUUUGAAACCAGACGAUCUGGACACUGCUUGAUGGUAGUUACACGUGAAGGAAUUCGUACCCAAGAAUACCUGCCAGUGGGUAGGCCUGUGUGAAGGCGUAGCAUUUGUCCGCAUAACAUUAGUCGGGACACAACAGCAUUGUAACGUAGACGUAUUCGAUGUAUUCUACACUUUUGUCAAGGACGAUUUCCAACAACCCUCUAUAGAGAAGUAGAACGCUAUUCAAUUGAUCACGUGCCAAAAUUCGAUUCAUCUGUUUUGAUUUUCGUAGACAGGACUUGUUUGUUCUGAAGCUCGAUUCCAAUUUUUUUAAAACAGCUUAAAAUACAAACAAACAAACAAAACAAAAUACGGAAGGUGUAUAUAUUCUUGAUCCGCCGUGUCUGAUUGGGGACCAAUUGCAUGUAAGAGUUCAAGCCGCCUUUGUAGUGCAUUCCAUCGAGUGUAAUUAUUUCUCUGCGAGAGGUUUUUCAGUCCCACCACCAAGAACAGACACGUGGUGUUUGCUCCUUGCAACAUUUGUCAUACAACAAACAACACGAUGCAAGUUACAGCAGCACUUUUCGGAUAUAGUGUAUGUCUAGUGGCGCUGAUCCAGAUCGGGAAUUGUCGGUCCCAUCAUCACCAUAAUCAUAAGCAUAUUAGAAACGUGUGUAACGGGAGACGACGCGGUACCACUGGAAACCACGAAGGGGAAUGCCCUCCGUCUUCACACGGAAAAAGUACUCAAGAAGAGUGUAGCGCUUGUAGUUGCUGGGCUGAUUCUCAGUGCGGUCACAAUAAAAAAUGCUGCCACAACGGAUGUACAUACACCUGUAUGCAAGUGAUAACCCCGCCUCUUGUCUUCGAUUGGCUAGAGGAACCAACAAGACAAAGGGAGUCAGGAAAAGCAUGGCUGAUUGACGGACCAGAGGACAAUUUAGCCGAGGAGGUGUGUACCACAAGCAUCUUUCCUGAUGACGAUAGUCUCCCACUAGAGUGCCCAACUGGGUAUCAGUGCUUUAUACAAGAUGACGGCGAUAUUGAACAAGGAAUUCCGAACAGAGGGGUGUGUGUCAAACAAUGAAACAGUUAUGGCAUAGGCUACGCAGUACAGUACCCCAUGGAAUUCAAUCAUAGUUUUUCAAAAAGGGUAGUUUCCAUAAAGUUUCUACACGCUAUCAUCGCCACAGCUUACAACUCUUGAUAGCGAUUCUAUGGCAACGGUAUCGUUAAUCUCGCUGACUACUAUUACCAGAAGUCAAAUAUUGAUUAUUCUAGGCCCAUAACCCCUUGAUGUAAUUAUUCUUUCAGUGUGCACAAGCGGUUUAUUCACGUCAAAAUCGUUGGAACAAAGUUAUAUGUAUCAGCUUUCUCUUUAUAUAUGUCAUUAAAUUCCUAUAUAUUUCUGUCAUACAAACAAAUUUUGAUAUUAUAUAUUCAGUAAUUUUUAAACAAACGUAAGAGUGAUGGUCGUAUAGAGGUGAAACUGAGAUAAAUUAAGUAAAUUCGGAGGAUGAUUUGUAAUUGGUUACAAUUCGUCAUUUUCGUGAUUUUGUUUGGGUCAUUUUGGAUUUUCAUUGCUGCUCAUAGGCCUAAACGUAUGUAGUUUAGUUCUUCGUUACAUUUAUUAGGUAGUAAUACACAAGAAGUAUAAUACAUUUCACAGUCUGGAGCAGCUUAAACAUGUACUGAAACUCGGUCAAAAUCGAAAGCUGUCUACUCGCAUUAUAUAUUGGCUAUGUACUAUAUUAUAGCUAUUUAAUAUUAGGUAGGCCUAUUAAUAAGCAUUUUAUUAAGAUUUAAUUCACGCGAAGAAAGUAACAAGUUACCGACACACAGGAUUAAAGGUAUAAGAUACAAUAAUACUAAAAAAGUGUAUUCCCUCCUAGAUUAGGGUUGGAAUGCGUCCAUAAUAACCAUCACGAAAAUCUUGUGUAGAAUAAACGAUAGGUCCGAAUAGUAGCCUAAAUAUCAUUUUCAUGAUGAUGACGAGGAUGAUGAUAACAAGGAGGAUGACCAUGAUAAUGAUGUCUGAAGAAAAAAAAAA